UCCUUACUUACCCUCCCACCCUCCCUUUAAGGCAGAUUUGGCUUGAGCCAGGAAGCCAGGCCCUCAGGGAUUGAGCACCAGGGGAUGGAGUAUGGGCAUGGUCUCAUCUCACCCUCACUUUCACCCCUGCCUCUCAAGAUUGACCAGCAUCUAUCUGUUCUCCAAGUCCUGCAUCUCCCAUGUGCCCGAGCAACUUAGGCACGUGCUUUAUCUCAUUCUGGAUGAGGUACCUGGGACGGUUAGGGGAGCAGUUCUGGCUAAUUAAGGGGAGCUGCAAAGGCACACCUGCACAAAUGAGCCCCGAGAAGUGCACAGGGACGGAGCUGGGAGAGGCGUGCUGUUAGGUAAGAGUGGAAGUGACAACUAGAGAUGUUGUUGUCCUGGGGGCUGGGACCAAACUUGCUCUGGGGAAUUGCUCUGCGGGACAGUAGAAAGUUAGAGCUGGAGUUUAAGAGGUUGCAGGGGUCAGGGGUGCAAGGACCCCUAGAGGCAUCAGGGAAGAGAGGUCAGAACACACACAGGGCCUCCUCUGUCAGUUUGUUAAUUGUCCUCUCUCUUCACACAGUAGAUUAUUGUCUCUCCUACAAACUGUUCCAGAGGCGGGGGCAUGGGCAUGGGCCUGGCCUUGCUACACAGUGGCCCAACCUCUCCAUAUUCUGACGUGAGCAUCUGGGAGCAGGGCAGUUUCCUGGAGGUGGGAGGCCAAGGGUUGGAUCAUGUCUCAGGGACAUGCUGGGGAGCAAUAAGCCUCC